AUGACCACCUCCGCCGCUCCCACUGACCACCAGCGCCUCGAUGCCUGGGUCGACGCCCACUUCGACGAGGAGGUAGGCUUCCUCCAGGCGUUGGUGCAAGUGCCCACCGACACGCCUUCUGGCAACAACGCGCCGCACGCGGAGCGCACCGCGGAGCUGCUGCAGGGCUUCGGCUUCGACGCCGAGCGCCACCCCGUGCCCGAGGCGGAGGUCCGCGCGUACGGCAUGGAGUCCAUCACGAACUUGAUCGUGCGCCGUCGGUACGGCGACGGCGGCGGCGGCGGCCGUACGGUGGCCCUCAACGCCCACGGCGACGUGGUGCCGCCGGGCGACGGCUGGACUCGUGAUCCGUACGCCGCUGUCGUCGAGGACGGUGUGCUCUACGGCCGGGCCGCCGCCGUCAGCAAGAGCGACUUCGCGACCUUCACCUUCGCCGUCCGCGCGCUCGAGGCCCUCGGAGCCCCGCUGCGCGGCACCGUCGAGUUGCACUUCACCUACGACGAGGAGUUUGGCGGCGAGCUCGGCCCCGGCUGGCUGUUGCGCGAGGGUCUGACGAGGCCCGACCUCGUCAUCGCCGCGGGCUUCUCGUACGAGGUCGUCACGGCCCACAACGGCUGUCUGCAGAUGGAGGUCACCGUCCGCGGGAACCAGGCCCACGCGGCGAUCCCGGACACCGGCGUCGACGCGCUGCAGGGCGCCGUGGCGAUCCUCAACGCGCUGUACGCGCUGAAUGCGGGGUACCGGCGGGUGAGCUCGGCGGUGGCGGGCAUCACGCACCCGUACCUCAACGUCGGCCGCAUCGAGGGCGGCACCAACACCAACGUCGUGCCAGGCACAGUGGCGUUCAAGCUCGACCGCCGCAUGAUCCCCGAGGAGGACCCUGUCGCGGUAGAGGCCGAGAUCCGGCGGACCAUAGCCACGGCGGCGGUUGCGCCCGGCAUCUCCGUCGACGUCCGCCGCCUGCUGCUCGCGAACGCGAUGCGGCCGGUCCCCGGCAACAGGCCGCUGGUGGAGGCGAUCCAGACGCACGGGGAGGACGUCUUCGGCGAGCCGGUCCCGGCGACGGGCACCCCGCUCUACACCGACGUGCGGCUGUACGCCGAGGCUGGGGUUCCCGGCGUCGUGUACGGCGCCGGCCCGCGGACGGUGCUGGAGUCCUGCGCCAAGCGGGCCGACGAGCGGCUUCGACUCGAGGACCUGAGGCGGGCGACCAAGGUCAUCGCACGCGCUUUAAGGGAUUUGCUGGCCGAGGCGUAA